CGAGUAUCUGGACUCCCGAACGAAAUUCUUCUCUUGUACUGUCACUCGACCAUCAAACAUGGCUUCUUCCAUGGAACCCAACUCCCUCCACCACAACGUGGCCACUUUCAUCAACACAACCACCACUAAUCUUCUCUCUUUCCUCUCCCCUCCCAGUAAAACGACGCCGUUUGUCACCAUCCCUUCCUCCAAGCUCUCUUUCCCGCUUCUUAAAUUCACUGACUCUUCAGUUCGUUCACCCCCCGACUCCGCUCAGCCCGAAUCACUCUCCUCUCAAUCCGACGUCAAAGGUGUCUCCUCCCCCGAGUCCUUCCCAUCGACGGUCAGGAUAUCCGGAAUCAAUUCCAAUGGAAAGGGCGGUGGGCCCGCCUUUGUGGGCCAGGUUUUCAGCAUGUGCGAUCUUUCUGGGACCGGCCUUAUGGCCGUCUCUACUCACUUCGAUAUUCCCUUUAUUUCUAAAAGAACACCUGAGUGGCUAAAGAAGAUGUUUGCAACAGUUACUAAGAGUGAAAGGAAAGGUCCCGUCUUUCGCUUUUUCAUGGAUUUAGGUGAUGCAGUUGCAUAUGUUAAGCAGCUGAAUAUUCCAAGUGGUGUGGUGGGAGCCUGCCGACUUGAUUUGGCAUAUGAGCAUUUUAAGGAUAAACCUCACUUAUUUCAAUUUGUACCAAACGAGAAACAGGUUAAAGCAGCCAACAAGCUUCUAAAGACAAUUCCUCAGAGUGAUGGUAGAAGAAAGAUUGAUGGAGUACCUGUUUUCAGUGCUCAAAAUUUGGAUAUUGCAAUAGCUACAGCUGAUGGAAUAAAAUGGUAUACUCCAUACUUCUUUGAUAAAAACAUGCUAGACAACAUUCUUGAAGAAUCUGUUGAUCAGCACUUCCAUACUUUAAUUCAAACUCGACACAUGCAGCGCCGACGUGAUGUAAUUGAUGACAACUUGGCAGCAGAAGUGAUUGAAGAGAUUGGCGAUAGUGUAUGGGAGCCUCCAGAGGUUCAAGAAGUGCUGGAUGAGAUAGGCCAUCCUGGAAUACCUUUAAGUGUCAUUUCAAAGGCUGCUGAAAUACAGCUUCUUUAUGCCAUUGACAAAGUACUUCUGGGUAAUAGGUGGUUGAGGAAAGCUACUGGCAUUCAACCAAAAUUUCCUUACAUGGUUGACUCAUUUGAGAAUAGGAGUGCAGCAUCGUUUCUAAGAGCUUCUGACUCGACCAGCUGCCUUGCCAAUUCUGAAUCAGAUAAUGGCACUUCAGAUCAUCAAUCAGAAGAUAAGAGCUUAGGAAAACACAGGAAGAGACCAGAUUUUCAAUUCCCGCAACCUCAGAAGGCAUCUUCUAGAGCAGACAGUUCAUCAAUAGAAUGCACAAAGCAAAACUUGCAGCCAAAUCCUUUUCUUCCAAAAAUUACAAUGGUGGGAAUCUCAACAGGGGAAGCCGGGCAGAUGAGCAAAUCUAGUUUAAAGAAAACAAUGGAUAACUUAACGCGAGAGUUGGAGCAAACUGAUCAGGGAAAUGCCACCACUGGCAGUAGCAAUGAGCUGAAAAUGGAAGAUAGGGAUCCACUCUUUGUGGCAAACGUUGGUGAUUAUUAUUCGAGCCUGGCAAAGACAAGGUCAGCUGCUCGGUUUGUUCGUGGAGGAAGCAACUAAAUGAACCUCACUAACCAAAUUCUUUCGUUUGGCACUAUAAGGUAAAAUUAUUCAAAGUUGAAAAAUAAUAGUAGAUGUAAAUCUGAUAAGCAUUGUUCAAGAGGUCAUAAGGUCAUAUAUCAGUUAUUUCCUAGCGAGCCUGAUGAAUCAGGUGUGAUGUAUAUGACUGGAUGGUCAUUUUGCUUGUGCUGGUGCUGCCCAUAUGACCAGACCUUAAAGUUCUGGGAUUUUGGUUCUUUAUACAUGCAAUUAUUAUCACCUCA